AUGCACUCUACAAGCUCCAGUAAUGGCAGUACACAACAACGGCUUCAUUGGACGCAGCGAAUCGCUCUUGUGAGGCACAAUCUACACUCCGCUCGAAGGACAAACGACUUCACCUUCUUCAAGUCUCUUCAGGCGCACGCUCUUUUAGAGGGUACUGAUCACGUCGCACUUCUUCAGUACAGUCUCGGUGACCAGGCCGAUUCUGUGCUUUCCACACUCGACAAUCUCAACGCAGGAAUAGCUUAUGUCCAUCAAGAUGCCUUCAAAGCUGUCUAUGAUGGAGCAAAAGCUGCCAUUCACGCCGACGAUAGAACCAACCGACGAUCGCUGCUCCACGUGGACAUCUGCCAGCAGCGUGAUAUGGCCGAUCUCGCCAUCGACAAGACCACGAAUUCGGCUGUCAAUCUGAUCCAAUCCCAGCCUAUUCCUUGCCAAGAUGCAGUUGCCAAUGCUUGGAUCACAGGCACAACCAUCAUUGCCGAUGCUGUUUGUGUUUGUUUGAACGAAAUGAAUCAAAUGGAGCAUAAUAUGGAUGACUUUAUACUGCUCGAAUACUCCUGGAACCUGAUCCAAUCUUCCGUGGAUUCAGCCAUAUCGGCGCUUCGCGGCAUUUUCAGCCUUAUGGCUGUGCCAAACACCAGCAACAACAAUUUUCCCUUGUUAAUUGGGCGAAACAUGAGCACCUCAUCAGCCGGAUCAGAGCACAAUAAUGCAAGCACACGAAGUCGCAACUCUUCUACAGCCUCUGCGUUCAGUUUCAUCAAACGAGCCUUGAGCCAUGGUCAAAUCCAGCCACCUCAAUUCAAGAACCCGCGUACUGGCUCCGUUUCCCUCUCGGUUGCUUCUCCAGAGGCCAAUUCUAGAGGCUUCCGCGCAAGCAUUAGUGCUGCUUGCCCGACGAAGAUGUCGACUUUCGGAUCCCAUCCGCAUACGGUUCUGACCACAAUCCCACCGACACCGUCUGUGCACGAUGUCGGUAGCAUCAGCGUGGGCGGCAACGUGAACGGGCUUCUCAGUCCCUUCAUGCAGAAUGGCGACUACUUUCCUUUUGACAUGGGGAAGCAAUCGGAGAAGGAUGACAAAGAGAGCAGUGCUAUCGAUGAUCUGAUGAAUCUUGGAAAUAUGGACGAAGAACAUCUCGACGACGAAGAUCUUGACCCUCUAUCACCAGCGCCGAUGAGCGAAUCCAUCCAGAUGCCUGCCCCACUGACGUUGAGAACACUCUCUGACUCAUUCGAAAUGUCUCCUGCUACUCCAAUCGCUGUAUGA